UUUCAGUAGGCUAACAGAGAGCAAAGAAUCGCACCAGGAAAAUCAACUCAAAUUUUUCAUUGAUUCCUGACUUUGACCGGUCCGAUUAGAACCGGAUCAUAGGAAAAAAAAAAAGGUAGAGAGAGAGAUUGGAUUGCUUGGAUGGAGAGGAAACGGGAAUCUAGAUUUGAUUCCAGGCUUGAAGAGAAGCAAGCUCUGCAGAAUCCGAAGGAGAGUGAUGAAGACAAGUGCUAUCGUGCACCGAAUGUGUGGUGCGGCUAACCUGCACCCCAACCAGGUCUUAUUUGGUGUCUUGCCACCUGAGGCGUUCCCGAUCAAUGGGAGCUUCGACCCGCAAUUUUGUCGCCUCGCUUUUUCGGGCAAAGGUGCUUCUACCUAAUUUGAACGGAUUUUUUUUUUCAAUAUUAUUUUUAAAAAGUAAAUAUAAAUAUAUAAGAACAUAUUGGAAAACUAUUUUAAAGAAGAAUUUUCAAUUUUCUAAAACAAAAAAAUUGAAAAAUACUUUUGACAAUCAGAAAUUGUUUCCUAUUUUUUUUCUCACAAAAUAAAAAAUAGGGUAUUUUCAAAAACCAUAGUUUAAUUAUUUUUAGAAUUAUUUUAAAAAAUAAUUAUACAAAUAUAUAUAAUUAUUAAAAACAAAACUAUGGACAUAAAAAUUAUUUUUAAAAUAUUUUAAAUUUUUAAACAAACUUUUAUUUUAUAAAAUAUUAUAAAACAAUUUUUAAAAACUAUUCUUAAAAAUUAUUUUUUUAAAAAUAAUUAUCAAAUAAAACCUAAAACUUCAUGAACAUUUUACAUACUAUUCCUUAGGUUUUCUUUUUCUUUUUUUUACUAUUUUAUAUCAAAGAUUAUUUAAAUUACUUUAAGCUAAAUUGUCCUAAAAUAUGACAUGAAACCAUGACGAAAUAAAAAUAGAUAGAAAAAUAAUGGAUAGUUGUUGCUUCUGGGAACCUUCCUCUAAUCAAAGAAGGGGAACCUUCCUAUUUAUGACGCUUUUUAAUUGUUUAAAUUAGUUAAUUUUUGUUAAAAUUUUUAUUUUUAACUCAAAUUCAGUGUUUAAGUGUUGAAUAAUUUUUUUGUAUUAUCUUUUAUUCAAAUUUCACACAAACUCUUUUAAAAAAAAAAUCAAAUAAGAGAAACAAAUACAACCUUAUUAUAUAGAAUUUAAUAAGACACGAUUCAAACUCGUAAGUUAUAAUAUUUACCCAUUAUCCUAUCCAAUAUAUCUCAUUGAAGGUAACUUUUAAGUGGAUGUUCGUUUCAAAAGGUUGAAGAAGUUGUUUGGUAAAUAAUUUAAUGAUUUAAUUCAAGUUAAAAAGAUUAUGGUUUUCGGGUAUCCAAUGAACUAAUCUCUCAAAUCAAACAGUGAUUUUAGGAAAACGUUUCUAACAUUUUUAAUACUAAAAUUCAUUUGAUAGUGAUUUUAGGAAAUGUUUUUAAAUUUUUUAACACUUAAAAUUUUUUAUCAUUUAAGUAUUAGAUAGACUAAAAACAUUUUUUAAAAUCAUUACUAAAUGCAAUUUUAAAGUGUAUUUAACUGUGAUUUUUAAUGAAGUGUUUUUAACAUCUUUAAUACUUAAAAGAUAAAAAUUUUCAAGUGUUAAAAAAAUUAUAAAUACUUAUUAAAAUCACUACCAAAAUGAUUAUAGAAAGUAUUUCUGGUCUUUUUUUUAUGCUUGAAGGAUAAAAAAUUUUAAGUAUUAAAAAUAUUAGAAACACUUUCUAAAUUUACUGUCAAACGCAUUGAUACUAAUUCAUGAAAGCAUUUCUAAUAUUUCUAAAUACUUGAAAGAAAAAAAAAAUAAAUGUUAAAUGUUGGUAAUAUUUCCUAAAAACUUUAUUAAACGAAAUCUUAAUCAUAAAAUUUUAAAAGUAUUAAAAAGAUUAUAAACUGCCAAACGGACUCUAUAUAGAUUAAACAUGUUUGAUAAAAUAACUUAAUAUUAUAAUUUAAAGUAAAAAAUAAUUUUAAGAUUAACUUAAUAUUUACUAUAAUUGAUUAGUUUUACGAGUAUAAAGUUGGAAUAAGAAUAAAAAUGUAUUUUUGUUGACAAAAGAUUGGGAAUAAAAUGUAAUUAAAAAGGAGAAGAAAAAAUAAAGGAAAAAAAAAACAUAUUUUGGAUUCUUUGCAUUCCCAUUAACAGGCUAAUAUUAGAAGUGAAUGAACACAUUUUUUGAAAAAUAAAAUAAUUUAGCUUUUAUUUAAAUUAUGAAGUUAUGAAACAAAAUUGCCAUAUUUGAUAAUUAAAUAAUAAUUAAUAAUUGUAAUUAGUUAAUUACCUUCCAAAUAUCUUUCUAUAUUCACUCUUACAUGACAUGGCCAGGAAGGGAUCAUGGUGAAGGGAAGGCUGAUCAUCCACAUUCUUACUUUGGGCUUAAACCUUCAUCUAACAUGCUCAAAACUUCACUCUCGCUAAAUCUCCUCAACCGUUUCCCUCUAAAAUUCAAAAACUUUCCCACCAUCCAAACACAACCAUUCAGCAGCUCCUUCUCCUCUCUCUUAGACCUCUGCACCAAACCACAGCUUCUUCAACAAGUACAUGCCAGGUUCAUCCUCCAUGGCCUCCACCAGAACCCCUUGCUCUCGUCCAAACUCAUUAACUGUUAUGCCAAUCUGGGCCACCUCAAUCUCUCCCAACAAGUUUUCAUUUCUAUCUCCAACCCAGAUUCGGUUGUCCACAACGCAAUCCUCAGAAACCUUUCAAAGUUUGGUGAAUCCAAGAAAGCCCUUUUGGUGUACCAAGAAAUGGUUAUGAAAUGUAUGUAUCCAGAUGAAGGUACCUACCCUUUUGUGUUGAAUUCCUGUUCUCGUCUCUCGGAUGUUGAAUACGGAAAAAGGGUUCACGGGCAGGUGGUUAAACUGGGCUUUGAUUCUUACGAUUUGGUGGGUAAUGCUUUGGUGGAAAUGUACCGGCGUUGUGGAGAUUCUGGGAAUUUGCAAGAACCGGUGGAGGGAGAGGCUAUUAACGAUUUGGCUUAUUGGAAUUCUUUAAUUUUUGAGGCUUAUCAAAAUGGAAAUGCUCAAGAGAGCUUUCGGGUUUUCAAGAGGAUGAGAAUGCAGAGACUUGAACCGGAUUCAGUUACUGUAAUCAAUUUGUUAAGAUCCAGCGUGGUUUUGAAUUCAUUGAAAGCAGGAAAAUUUAUUCACUGUUUGGUUGUUGUGGGCUACCUGUGUGAAAAUUUGUCUGUGAAUACUGCUCUGUUGAGUAUGUACUCUAAAUUCAGCAGUUUGGAGGAUGCCAGGUUGUCAUUCGAGAAAAUGCCUGAAAGGGACUGUGUUGUGUGGAAUAUAAUGAUAUCAGCAUAUUCCCAAAAUAGACACCCUAAGGAAACCCUGGAACUUUUAAUCCAGAUGGGGAGAUGUGGGGUUAGAGCCGAUUUGUUUACUGCAAUUCCAGCUACGUCUUCCAUUGCAGAACUGAAAUGUCUUGCAUGGGGAAAACAAAUGCAUGCCCAUGUGAUAAGGAAUGGUUUGGAUUAUCAAGUGUCAGUUCAUAAUUCUUUGAUUGAUAUGUAUUGUAAAUCCAAUCGAUUAGAAGCUGCACAAAAAGUUUUUGAUUUGGUGAAAGACAAGACUGUGGUUUCAUGGAGCUCAAUGAUCAAAGGAUAUGUAAGCCAUGAGAGAUCUCAUGAUGCUUUGUCACUCUUCACCAAGAUGAAAUUGGAUGGUUUUAAAGUUGAUUGUGUUACAAUAAUUAAUGUCUUGCCCGCAUGCGUGAAUCUGGGGGCAUUAGAACAAGUGAAAUACCUUCAUGGAUAUUCAGUCAAAUCCGGUCUAAACUCAACAUCUUCCAUGAAUUCAGCACUCCUCAUAAGCUAUGCAAAAUGUGGGUGCAUAGAUAUGGCAAGGAACCUCUUUGAUGAAGAGGAACUAGAUGGUAAGGAUGUGAUCACUUGGAACUCUAUGAUCAGUGCAUAUUCAAAGCAUGGAGAGUGGUCUGAAUGCUUUGUGCUGUACAACAAAAUGAAGCAAUCAGGACUGAAACCAGAUCGAGUAACCUUUCUUGGGUUAUUGACUGCUUGUGUUAAUUCAGGUCUUGUGAGAAAAGGGUGGGAGUGUUUGAAGGAGAUGACAGAAACCUAUGGCUACCAACCCAACCAGGAACACUAUGCUUGCAUGGUGGAUCUUCUAGGGCGGGCAGGACAUAUCAGUGAAGCUGAAGAGCUAAUAAAAACUAUGCCCUUCAAACCUGAUGCUCGGGUUUGGGGCUCAUUGUUGAGCGCUUGUAAGAUGCAUUCAGAAACAGGACUUGCAGUAUUUGCAGCUGAGAAGCUCGUAAGUAUGGAACCAAAAAAUGCCGGAAACUACAUUUUGCUCUCUAACAUCUAUGCUGCAGCAGGGAAGUGGGAUGGAGUUGCUAAGAUGAGAAGUUUUCUUAGGGAUAGUGGUUUGAAGAAAACCCCUGGCUGUAGCUGGCUGGAGAUAAAUGGGCAGGUGCAUGAAUUUCGUGUUGCUGAUCGAUCUCAUCCAAUGUCGGUCAAGAUAUAUACCAUCUUAGGAAAUCUGGAGCUGGAAAUCAAGGAGGCUAGAGAUUCGGGAAGACAAUCUUGGAACUGAUCUUGGCCUUGGAGAGAGCAGAGAUCAGAGUUCACCUCAGGACAGACAACACAGGAAAUAGUACAUGUCGAGGUUGGAACACAUGAGCAACUAAUUUUUUAAAAGCUUAAAGCUUAUAAGAUUUGAGUACAUAAUAUGUAUCAGAGACUCUCCAAUUCUCAUCAGGCAUCUGGACCAUCUCUGGCUGCCAUUUUUUUUUGUCUGAUUGCAGGUUGGAAACAUGUCGAGUUUUAUACUACCAUAAUGCUAACCCAUAGAGAAUGUUUCUUUGCACUAAUUCAUAGUUCAUACUAAUGUUUUAAGAAACAAUUUUAAUUGUAUCACAUUUACUUCGUAUGCUGUUUCUUCUCAACGUUGAAGAAAAUUGCCAUUUUCAGGAUU